GGACUCACAUCAUUAUAUCUUGUGAUAGAAGCGAUGGAUGAAAAAGACAUGAAAGAUUUUGACAGAUCCAGGAAGAUUGAAGCCGAUCCCAUUAUCGAAAUGCCAGAUUAUGGGGCCUCUUUUCCUACGAAGGGGAAUUCGAACAAAGCGGAGGACAUUAUUGUGGAUCAUGAAGACACUGCAGUUGCCACCCCUCGCUUCUUGGGAAGGGUCUUUGAUGGGGCCAUCGUUAAGGAUUAUCAAAAAGUCGACUCUGUCAACCCACCAAACAAUCUCACUAGCGAGGACAUGAAGCCCCCAACUCUUGGCUCUGAGGCUCAACUCAGUGCAACACAGGGGCCGAGUGUUUCAGUGGAUCGAAAGCAAAAGAAGAACGACACUGCCAUCUUACCUGAGGAUUUCUUUUCCAAGAACCAGGGGCCUGUAACUUCGGCUUUGACCUCACGUUCAGCAGCCCACUGGGACUCAAGCAGUGCGAUGAACGGAAAGCAGCAGGACACUGAUAAUGCCCGCUUAUCAAGAGAUUUUGAUUUACAGAAAGUGAAAUCCGCGUCAUCCACUCCCACUUCUCACUCUAAGCCCAUUCACGAUCUAGAGGCUGGAGUGCACGGAAGCCAGGGACGCGUUUAUGCUGACCAUCAGCGAAAAGAUAUUUCUCACAAUCCAGCUGAGCCAGCCACACCCGCUUCUGCCUCCAGAUCUGACCCCCGUCUGGAACCACGAACUGAGCUGUACAGAGAACAGUCGCAUGCCGGCCCUGUCCUCCAACCAGCUUUCCUCUCUGCCAGGAAAGAGAACCUCGCGACCUCUAACCGUGUCCCUCAUUUGACCAUCUCCCAGGGUAUCAAGGCCGCAUCCAUGUCGCAACCACCGGACGGUGCGUUUGCUCCACCAUCGCACCCUAUGGGGCUUCAAGCUCCGACUGGUCCAUUGUCCUGGGAUGGCCAUGAGGCAGCGCUCAGGGCACUCGCACUCGCAGGUGGGCUCCAUGAGCAGGGGCGACUACAGGCUCUCGCCGAGGAGGAUCACAACGAAUCGAAUGGACCAGCUUUCAUACCACCCCCUGUAAAUGAUGGUACCGGUCGCGCAACCGCGUUAGGACAUGCCCUCCGUGCAUAUCUAUACGGUGAUUACGAGAACCCAUAUCGGCUCAUUGGCGACGGCAGUGGUAUCCCACCUGACGCACGAAAGGUGACCCCAUUGGUUUGGGUGAAUAAUGGGGAUGGAGAGUACUUGCUCCCAUGUGGGUUUGUCAAGUUCAGGGUCCAACAGUCGAAUAUUGAUGGUCAUUUUCGGUUUGAGAAGCUCGUGCCUGAGGGCGAAGACGAUGGAGAGGAAGAAUCGUUUUUGGGAUGGAUUAGAGCUUUGAUUCGAGCAGCUUUGACAGGAGCUGAUGAGGACUACGACAGCAGAACAGCGAGUAGGGUACGGGAGAGUGAGUUGACCGUACACGCAGGCGAUGCAGGAUAUACUGAAACGGAUACGAUGAUCACGUCGGAUACGUUGGAGGGGUGUCUGCGUGGAGCGAGUCGGUGGAUUACAGAAAAUGUGGACGAGGGAUCUCUAGGAAGUGUUCAGAGGGAGGUGAGUGAGCGAUACUUGACAGCGACCGAGGCGCAACUGCAGAGAUUGAGACAGCUGGGGUUUGAUACUGGGAGGUAUAAGCGAUUGACGAGGGGGCAGGCGACAAAUAUCAUCGUGAGGCUGAAUCAUGGUGCUGGAGAGCGGUGGGAGGAACGUGUGGACAGGAUCAGGCGCGUCAAGAAGCGAGAGUAGUGGGAGAGCGCGAAAUUAUGUUUUCUAGCCCGUAUCGCAGCAUGUUUGACAACAAAUAGGAAACAAAAAGGUUCUUUUAGCCGUGUCUUGUCCAUUUGGUUGAAGUGAGAAAUUUCAUGGUCCUGAGAUAAACAAGGAGAUUGAGGGAGAGGAUGUAGCUCUUAAGGACG